CAACCCGGAACCAUUUACAGCUCGGCGUUACACUCCGGAAAGACAUAGGGGAAGGACAUACUUCCAACAUGUCGCGGCACCUACGCUUCGUAGCCCGGACGGUGAUGGUACAAGAUGGUAACGUUGAUGCAGCGUACAAGAUCUUAAACAGGGUCCUAACCCAGGAUGGAAUCAUCGACACGGUGAAGCGCAGACGCUACUUUGAGAAGCCCUGUCGAGAGCGACAGCGGAAGAACUUUGAGAACUGCAGACGCAUUUACCACAUGGAAAUGGCUCGAAAGAUUGCCUUUGUCUCUAAAACAAACAGAGAGGAUCCCUGGCUCGGCUGUUAGGGAGACUGAAAGGACAAUAAUGAUGAACUCACUAACCGAAGAGAAACGCUUGGUCUGUGUUACACCUGAUGGGACUUGUAGAAAAAGUAAUAUGGUUAAGAGCAAGUUUCAAAAAGGUUUAUAGAUGUAAAUUCAUACAUUACUUUGAACGCCUGCUUAAUAAAUUCCCUAUGUUGUUGUAUUUGAGACUUUUGUUCAACCAUCAAUGUCAUGAGUAUCUUGGCUUCUGCAAUAUCUUGGGCUAUGUGCUAUUAAGCCCUCAGAUAAGAGACCAGAUUUUCUGCAGGAAGUAUGCAUUUGUACAUAUAUUUCUAUUAGCCAAGCUGACCCUUGCUGUAUAUUCAUUAAGCUCUCACCACAGGAUGCUGUAAUAUAUUCAGCCUCAUGCUUGAUUCACAAAGGGAAAUAAGUAUUUUAACCACACUUCGUAUCUUUGCAGUCAUGAGGUUGUGUUUCUAUCCUGCAGCCCAAGGCAGAUCACAGAAAUGUUCUACUGGCAAGUCAUCCAUUUGGUUCAUUUGGCACCAAUCAAUAAAAUGAAUAAAUCUAA